AGGCAUGUAUUCCUAGAGCUCCAGGGUGGUAUUGGUGUGAAAACUCAACAUCUCAGGCGCCCGACUGACUGCGUUUUUGUGUUUUUUACUCCCUUACCACAACUAACUGGCAAAGUUCAACUUGUCCGUCCGACGGGUCUUUCCCAUUAAUCGCCUACGUUCUUCUACGUUGUUAUAAACGUUACCAAGACGCGCCCUCCCUUGACCUUGAAAUUUUAUAUUUUUUGGUACACGAGACCAGUCAGUGAAAUGGCGAAAAAAACAUACGAUCUGUUAUUCAAACUACUUCUAAUCGGUGAUUCGGGCGUUGGAAAAACUUGUAUAUUAUUCAGAUUUUCUGAUGAUGCUUUUUCGACUACUUUUAUCUCUACAAUAGGAAUUGAUUUUAAGAUCAAAACAGUUGAGCUCAGGGGUAAAAAAAUCAAACUACAGAUAUGGGACACAGCAGGACAGGAGCGUUUCCACACAAUCACAACUUCGUACUACAGAGGGGCGAUGGGGAUUAUGCUAGUUUACGAUAUUACGAAUGAAAAGACCUUUGAGAAUAUCGUUAAAUGGUUGAGAAACAUAGAUGAGCACGCGAAUGAGGACGUCGAGAAGAUGAUUCUGGGGAACAAAAGUGAUAUGGAGGAUAGGCGUGUUGUCAGUACUGAGAGGGGAGAGGCUAUAGCAAGAGAGCACGGCAUCAGAUUCAUGGAGACCUCAGCAAAGGCAAAUAUCAAUAUUGAUCGUGCAUUCAGCGAAUUAGCUGAGGCUAUUCUCGACAAAACCCAUGGCAAAGAGCCCCAGGAUGCGCCAGACCGUGUGACAGUCGAUCGUAGAGUGGAAAGAAGUUCGAAUCGCUGUUGUUAACUGUCUCUCCCUCACCCACAGUCUCUCUAUCCUCUCGUGUUUUCAUUAUUUUCUUUUAUAUCCUUUAUUUAUUUUUGAUUGAAAAUAAGAAGAAACGUCUAUAUAAACUCGUGCCAGUUUUACUAGAAUUUUUGUGAUGAAAGCUUAAUGCAUAUGUCAUCUUAUGUGGCUAGUUUAAACUUUAUUUUGCAUAAAUAUAAUUAACCAAAUGAAACAUAAAAAAAAGUAACUCACUAUUAUGAAGAAACACUGCCCGAUUGAGUAAUUGAUUACUUGUCGUUGGGGCGAUAUGAGUUCAUGGUAAAAUUCAUGAAUUAAUGAGAAACAAUCAAACGAUUGUGAUUGUGUGUCGAUUAUUGUAAUAAUGAGUGAUAAGCAGUGCGAGGAAAGAUCAUUUUUAGGAGGCAGAGAGGUUCGUCUCUGUAUAUUCAGCAGAGAAUCGAUGAAUCGUAAUUACAAAGAGAAGACAAACUCUGAGUCGUCAAUUUUAACAUUUUUCAUCGUAUUUUGCUGAUUACCUCAAGAACGGAGGAUUUCAGGAGAAAAAGUCACCAGAUAUUUUUUGUAGUUCCUUAAAUUUUCGACGAAAAGACGUUACGUCACAAUUCAUCCUAAACCCUCUCACUAUGGAGAUAGCUCGUCACUUUGUUCUCCUCAAUUACCAGUUAACAUAUUGCAUUCAUGAACGAUAAAAAAACUCCCAAAAAUUGUACGAUCUAGUCGAGCAUUUGAGAAGUGUAAUUGUGUCGCUCGAAAGCUUAUUCGUUCAACGAUGCAAGACCCAUUAUAAAUCCGUCUAUUCGUAAAAUGCACAAAGAGUUCUGAAGAACAACAGGGAAAGCAUUGAAUAUUCAAACUAAAUAAAAUUUACAUACUUAACGUAACGAGUGAUCGGCAUUUUUAUAUAUUAUUUUCCACAGUGAAACAGCGUAAUCGACUGGUUGAAAAAUUCAACAGUGAAAUAGAAUGACGUGAAUCUUAUACCGCUGAAAUGUAAAAUCACAUCACAAUAAAUAUAAUCUUACACAA